GAGAGAGAGAGAGAAAGAGAGAGAGAGGGAGAGAGAGAAAGAGAGAGAGGCAGCUGACCUUCAGUCAGAAAAGCAAGGCAGCAGAGACCUAAUAGGCAGCCUGCUUAACGAAGGAGAGCAAAGUUUGGUAGAACAAGGAAGAAGGGAGAGUAAGAAAGAAGUUCUAAGGAGGACUGUGUAGUACCAACAACAGAACGAUGAAGGCUGAGCUAGGAUACUGCUCUCUUCUUCUUCUUCUCCUUACCGUAGAUGUUUGGGGACAGCAGUCUAGACCCCGACCUCGACCAAAACCUCCCACCACUAAGAAGCCUCCCAAGAAAGAACUAGAACCCAAGGAGCCCACUGACUUUCCUCCUGUUAUCUUUGGUCCACCUUCUUCAUUCGAAGACUGCCCAAGGGAAUGCCUGUGCCACCCUUCCUACCCAAAUGCCUUGUACUGUGAGAACCGCAACCUCCGCAAGGUCCCGGUCAUCCCACCUCGCACUCACUAUCUCUAUCUACAGAACAACUACAUUGAUUCAGUGACUGCAGCCUCCUUUAACAAUGCAACAGAGCUCAAGUGGAUAAACCUAGGAAAUAACCGCAUUCGGUCUAUAGAGAAACAGGUGUUUGAGAAGCUUCCAAACCUCCUGCAUUUAUAUGCACAGAUGAACCUUUUAAAGGAAGUCCCAAGCAAUCUGCCUGCUGGUUUGGAGCAACUCCGUCUCGGUCGUAAUCAGAUCUCAAAGAUCGCCCCUGGUGCUUUCAACAAGAUGGAACACCUUGCUCUCCUGGACUUACACCAUAACAGGAUCAGCGACAGCAACCUGGCCAAGAAUCUCUUUAAAGAUCUUAAGAAUCUGAUACAGCUUAAUCUGGCUCACAAUAUCUUAAGGAAGAUGCCUGCAAAUAUACCCAACAGCAUUGCCCAGUUGUUCUUAGACAGGAACAACAUUGAAGAAAUUCCCCAGAACUAUUUUAAGGACUUCACAAGCCUAGCUUUUGUUAGACUUAACUACAACCAUUUGACUGACAAGGGCCUCCCAAAAAAGGUAUUCAAUAUUAGCACACUGCUGGAUUUGCACUUGUCACACAACAACCUGUCUACCGUCCCGCAGUUCAACGCGCACCUAGAGCAUCUACACCUUAACAACAAUAAUAUUGAGAGUAUCAAUGGAACAGAGAUCUGUCCCUUUACACCUAGCGAGGAUGUACAUGAUCCAGACAGCGUGCCCAAGCUGAGGUACCUGCGGCUGGACGGUAACCACUUGACCCCGCCCAUCCCAAUGGACGUCAUCAUGUGCUUUAGACAUCUCCACUCGUUAAUGAUAUAGAGGAUGUCUGCAAUCUUCUCGAAUGCACAGUGCUCCUGUCCACUUGACAGUACUGAUUGAAUUAACAGUACUAUGGCAAACACUAUGAAACAGCAAUAUACAGUUGCUUGGUAGCUUGAGGAAUGUUUGUCUGAGCUUCUGAAAGCAUAUUUAUUAAACUUCAUUUAGGAACAACUGCUUUGAGCAUGACUGCAUUAAAGAUACACAUUUGAUUUUAUGUCCUUGUGAUGCAACAGUAUUAACUAUAAUUAAAUAUCAAGGAAAUGAUGGUGCAUUAACUGAAGUGUAGUGUUAUAAGUAAUGUAUUGAAAAAGCAAAAUUGCAGUCAAAAAGGCUGCUUAUACACUCACAGGCCACUUAGGGACACCUGUACAUCUGCUUACUCAUGCAGUUAUCCACAACAAGCACAAGAUACAAAUCAAGCUUCUGUUAAUGUUCAUCAAAGAGAAUCACAACCAGAAUAGGGAAAAUGUGAUCAUAGAGACUUUUACUGCGGCAAGUUUAGUCGGUUUGAGAAUUCCAGUAAAUCCUAAACUCCUGGAAAUCUCAUAUCUCUAAAGUUUGUACAGAACGAUAUAAAAAAUUUCCAUUGAGGGACAGUUCUGUGGGUAGAACUGCAUUUAUAAAGUCGAAGGAGAUCAGAGACAUCAGAGAAGUAUGGUUAGAGCCCGACCCAAAUAAACAACUGUGCUGCGCAGAAAAGCAUCUCAGUCUACACAGUUAGAACUUUGAGAUGGCUACACAAGCAGAAGACCAAAACAGAUUCCAUUCCCGUGAGCCAAAAACAUGAAAGCGAGGCUACAAACUCAAGUUUUUUUUCUGUUCCUUCGAGUGACAGGAGUGAAACCAGACUGCUGUUCUGUAGCCCAAAUACAUUUAAUUUAUUCUGAGGUGCUUUUUCGUUCACCAUGGUUAUAAACAUCGUUUAUGACAGUUACUGUCUGCUCAAACCAGCCUGAGUCAUUCUCCCGAUGAUUAGCUGACUAGACGAUUACAUAAAUCAUCAGGGGUCCAGGUGUUCCUAUUACACUUGCCAAUGAGUGUAUGAGGACUAAUAAAAGGAAAAUAGUCACUUUAAAAGAACUGGGAACAACGUGACUACCAUGUAGCUUAAACUGUCCUUAAUGUGCCUGUGUUUUUAAGAUAAUAAUAAUAAUAAUAAUAAUAAUAAUAAUAAAUAAUUCCUUUUUGUCACUUGCCUUUUUGUAUCUUUUGAGCAUAAAUAAAACCUGCGCUUAACUAUGGGUUUCUCACUUAACAUCUUCAUUCAUGUGUGUUGAUAAAAGGAAUGGCAGGUCCUGAAUAUGUAAAAGGUGUAAAAAAGGACAUUAGGAUGCAAAAGGAAGCCCAAGCGAUAUCACAUGCACAUAACCUGUUAACUAGUCUGGACUUUUUACCGGUUUAUUUUGAAUCAUGAGGAACAUAAAAUUACCAACCUGUGAAUGAGUUUAUGGUUCAAAUGUAUGUCAUUCUAAAUACAUUAGUGAAUGAUUAC